CUUAACUGCGAUGAAUCAGUCGAAGUACUCAUAUUAGGUACUUUCAUUGUUGAUAAUGAACUCUGACUUUCCUCGAUGGCAACAUUAGGAUGCUUUUUUUAAUGUGGUUUAAUAAUGUGGUCGUAUUUCCACUAUAUUUGAAUGAAUCUGAACACUGUUUACACGCAACGCGUCCACUCUCUGGCGAUUCGAAUACGUCCCAAACUAAAGAUUUUCUUUUAGGACCCGGCAUUUUUCAAAAACAGAACAUAAAACACAAAAAUCUACAACAAUAACCGGCAGUUUCUGUCGGUUCCAUACAGUUUACGAACUCGAGUCAGAGAGAAUUCAACUCGAGUGGGCUCGAGUUACGCCCAACUCGAGUUAACUCGAGUUAGGUACUCGAGUUGACCAUCACUAAUACUUGUUGAAUUUGUUUUUCUUUUGUAAUUUUCUCAAUAAAGUGGGACUUUUACGAUGAUUUUCCUAAAUCUACUUCUCAUACACAUGCUAAACGCGGCCGCUGAGAAGACUGCGCUCGAUGGGUACUGCGAUGCAGCUUCAGAGACCUGUAACAACGAAAUAACACCAAACGAAGAUCACAAGUUGAUUUUCUAUGAUGUGAACCCUCCCGAGGGUUUCAAUUUGCGACGGGAUGUGUACAUGAGGUUUGCUAUAAUGCUGGCUGAAGCCCAAAAGCGCGGUAAAACGGAUUGGCGCUUAGUUCUGACGCCGUGGAAUAAAUUGUACCAUUGGAAAAAUAAUGACAAACCAGUGCCUUGGCGCUCCUUUUUUGAUGUAGAAUCUCUAAAAUCCUACGCCCCAGUGCUUGAACUGAGCGAGAUAGUCGACGAACCUGCGAAACCGAUAGAUAUCGACACACUGUACGUUUUACAAAACUUUGAUAACCCGUUUGAAAAUGGGGUAUUUGAAGAGAAAUGGCAGCUCAUACCUAAAGAGGAAUGCGAUAAAAACUAUGAUAAUAUCUCAGCGAAGGAAGUCAUAUGUGUACGGUUCCAAGGUAAGAUAUCGAAGUUGUGGGAACUCAUACAUUUGCAUCCGAACGAUAAAAAAGUCAUGUUCAUGCACGGAGAAAUACCUUUACAUGACAAUUAUGGGACGAAAGCGUACUGGGACUGCCGUAAAAGCAUGAAGUUCAAUAAAACACUGGUAAAGAAAGCAAAGAAAUUUAUUAAGGAGAAGCUGGGUUGUGACGAAGAAAAGUGUAACAACUACAUAGCAAUCCACUGGAGACGUUUGGACUUUGCCACAAGCAGACCUAAUGACGUCCCUUCGAUUGAUGGCACCGUAAAACAAAUAAAGAAUGCAUUCGAAAAAAUGCCUGGAAUCAAGAAAAUUUUCAUCUCAACUGACGCUUCAGCUUCUGAAGUGAAAAUAUUGAAAAGCAAACUCAAAGAAGCUGGUUUUAAAGUCUAUGUUUAUGAUCCAUCUGCGUCAGACUUGGAGAAGUACAAUGACGGUGGCAUAGCUAUAAUCGACCAGAUUAUUUGUUCGCACGCUGCACAUUUUAUUGGGACCCACGAAAGCACGUUUACAUUCCGUAUUCAAGAGGAGAGAGAGAUAUUAGGCUUCGACAGUUCUACGACUUUUAACAGACUUUGCCCGGACGUUGGGGCUUGUGAUGCGCCUAGUAUAUGGAAAAUAAUUAAUUGAAAAGACCACUCGUAACUUGAUGAUUCCAUUUUAACGUUCCAAAAUAUCUUGAUGUGCAACAUGACCAAUUUGCGAAGAACUUAACUUCGAUUUAGCAGUAAUCACGUUUUUAGAUCUACCUUUGCUCAUUUAUGACUAAAAUAAUUCUACUUAUUCAAACACUGUUUUGUCUCUUUCCAUCACAGAGAAAUCAACAUUGAUGGAAAAAGAUAGAGCAUGAAUUAGCUGAAAUAGUGUAUAGUGUAUUAUGUAUUAGACAAUAUUUAAGUACCUAUGAAAACUUGCAUUUACUCACUCUAAGAUUUAAUUUGUAGGCAUUUAAAAUGUAUAUUUAAAGGUAGUAAGUAGUUAAGUGUAUUAAAAUGUUAUAUUGUUACUUAAAUGUUGUAGAAAUGUGCCAUAAUCUAAUUAUUAGAAACAACCAAAGAUAUUAAGGUAGAAAUAAUAAAAUUUAACAAAAUAAUAA